CCUCCAUUCCCACACAAAACAAACUUGUACAAAAAAUGAGCACGUCCAAGAAAGCGCAGGCGUCGCAUGCCGAGAAAAUGGUGAAGACGUGUGCGGGUAUUGUGGCAGAGCUGAUUGAAGCGCACAAUGCCGGGGUGUCGGUGAACCUGAAUGUAGUCAAGUCGAGGCACUCUCGCGAGAACAAGUUGUCGGCACAGCCGCGGCUGGUGGACAUCAUCGCGGCAAUUCCAGAGCAGUACAAGAAGUACCUGCUGCCGAAGCUCAAGGCGAAGCCGAUCCGCACGGCGUCAGGCAUUGCGGUGGUGGCAGUGAUGUGUAAGCCGCACCGGUGCCCGCACAUCUCGAUGUCGGGGCAGAUUUGCGUGUACUGCCCAGGCGGGCCGGACUCAGACUUUGAGUACUCAACGCAGUCGUAUACAGGCUACGAGCCGACUAGCAUGCGGGCAAUCCGGGCACGGUACGAGCCGUUUGAGCAGGCGCGCGGGCGGAUCGACCAGCUGCGGUCGCUGGGACACAGCGUGGACAAGGUGGAGUACAUCAUCAUGGGAGGUACGUUCAUGUCGCUGCCGGAGGAGUACCGCAACUGGUUCAUCAUGAACCUGCAUGAUGCACUGUCGGGCCAUCGCAGCAACGACGUGGACGAGGCAGUGCGGAUGUCGGAGCAGAGCCAGACGAAGUGCAUUGGCAUCACGAUCGAGACGCGGCCAGAUGCAGCGCUGAAGCCGCACCUGAGCCACAUGCUGCGGUAUGGGUGCACGCGUCUCGAGCUAGGGGUGCAAUCGGUAUACGAGGACGUGGCGCGCGACACAAACCGUGGGCACACGGUUCGAGCCGUGUGCGAGUCGUUCCAGCUGGCCAAGGACGCCGGAUACAAGGUGGUGGCGCAUAUGAUGCCAGAUCUACCGAACGUAGGCAUGGAGCGCGACCUGGAGCAGUUCAAGGAGUAUUUUGAGAACCCGCAGUUCCGCUCGGACGGGCUGAAGCUCUACCCGACGCUGGUGAUCCGCGGCACGGGUCUGUAUGAGCUGUGGCGCACCGGGCGCUACCGCAACUACACGCCGAACGCGCUGGUUGACCUGGUAGCACGGAUUCUGGCGCUGGUUCCGCCAUGGACGCGCGUGUAUCGUGUGCAGCGCGACAUCCCGAUGCCCCUGGUGACGUCGGGCGUGGAGCAUGGCAAUCUGCGCGAGCUGGCGCUGCAGCGCAUGCGUGAUCUGGGCACGGCCUGCCGCGACGUGCGCACGCGCGAGGUGGGCAUUGUGGAUAUCCACACCAAGGUCAAGCCGGACCAGGUCGAGCUGGUCAGGCGCGACUAUGUGGCGAACGGCGGCUGGGAGACGUUCCUGGCGUACGAGGACCCCGACCAGGACAUUCUUGUGGGGCUGCUGCGGCUGCGCAAGUGCUCGGCUGAGACGUUCCGGCCGGAGCUGCUGACGGGGCAGUGCUCGAUUGUGCGCGAGCUGCACGUGUAUGGCUCGGUGGUGCCGGUUCAUUCACGCGACCCGACGAAGUUCCAGCACCAGGGAUUCGGCACGCUGCUGAUGGAGGAGGCCGAGCGCAUUGCGCGCGAGGAGCAUGGGUCGGUGAAGCUAGCGGUCAUCAGCGGCGUGGGCACGCGCCACUACUACCGCAAGCUAGGCUUUGAGCUGGACGGGCCAUACAUGUCCAAGAUGCUGUAGUGUCGGUGGCGGUUGGCAGCAAGUGUAGUCUUUUCUUUCUUCCGUCAGAGCGGGUAUGAAUGGAGAAUACCGGGGAUGUGG